UUGCCACGACGUCCAUUUGAUGUUAUGGAUCCCUGGCAAUUUCGUUUAUCUGUGAAAUAAGGUUUUGUAAAUAAGUGCCAUGUGCAGCAUUGGCGAAGAUGAUUUUGGAGACGAGGGAGCCGCCCACGGCAUGGUGCCGGAAUCCCUGCCCUUGGGAAUCGUCCUUAGCCCGGGGGAUUGCAACAAAUGCGGCGUAGCCUCCAGUCAACUCUAUAAACUUAACUUUAGAACGGCGGAGUGCCGUGACUGUUUUUUGGCGUACGCUAGGCACAAAUUCCGGGCUGCCCUAGGCGCAGCCAAGAUCCUGCCCAGAAACGCCGAGGUGCUCUUGGUACUUGACGGCUCCGCAGAGUCUCUGGUGCUCUUGGAUAUGCUACACUUCGCUCAAACGCAAAACACAUUUAAACGACUUCAUUGUAAUGCACGUGUAGUUUUUGUGGAGGAUAAGCAUGUGCAGGGACAUGAUCCAGUGGACAUUGACGCGCUCAAAAACUUGUCCAACCAGUAUGCACCCUUUGAGUUCCAUGUGAUCGAGCUGGGUGCCUCGAACUCUGCAGAACCCAUCACAAAGUACAGUCGUUCUUCAGACGAAAAAAACGAGCUUGUCCAGAAACUCCAGAAAUUGCGUAGCCUCACAGCCCGCCAAGAUUACCUACAACAGCAGCGCAAAAACCUCAUUGCCUCUGUGGCCCAGCAGUUGGAUUGCACUCAUGUCUUCGAACCCAGUAUAAGUGUGGAUUUGGCGACCCAACUGCUGACUGCGAUUGCUCUGGGGCGUGGUGGCAGUGCCGCCUUGGACGUGGCUUUGCUGGACGAUCGGCUGGCUGGAGAAGUCAAACUGCUGCGACCCCUCAAGGACCUUAAUGAGCAGGAGAUUCAAUUCUACACACAUGCCCAACAACUGAAACCGCUGGUCCAGAGCGGAUCCCGAUAUGGCCAGGAAAGUGGACCUACCGCAAGCUUACAAAACCUCACAUCCGCCUUCGUGGCCAACCUUCAGCAAAACUACGCCUCCACGGUGUCUACGGUUUUUCGAACCGGAGACAAAAUUGCCAUUAAUGCACAUCCAGAUCAGGCCACAUGCGACCACUGCCAAUCUGCUCUGGACUCGGAGCUCUCGGACACUCUACUGGCCAUCGAGUACUCCAGAUCCGUUUCAGAAGCUGGAGUGGCUUUAUAUAAGAACGGGGCAGACCUAGAAGGAUUGGCAAAGCAGCGACUGAAAACGCAGGAUGGCCUGUGCCAUGCCUGUCGUGGUAUCCAAUCAGAGUUAGAGAGCGGUAAACUCUUGUAGACAACCAGAAAAUAUAAUUUUUACUACAA